CAAAAAUAAAAAUGGAGGUUCAAUAGAUUUCAAUCCAUUUCUUCAUUAAUUUAACAGUGAAAAUAAUUACAAAUAUUAAAUAGAGAAAAGACAUUACAGACAACUUUGUGUUAAUAUUGUUGAUAUUAAACCAUAAUUGAUGCGGAUACGUGGUGUGCCCGAAAGUGUUGUGUUUGACAAAUAACAGGUUGUCGGAGACCGAUUUAGCUAAAAUUUUCAACUGAAUAUAUUGUUUUUACCCGUAAAUAGUUUGUAAAGUGUUGUGGUUUUCAAUUGCUAUACCGAGCAACAAAACAUAAUAGUGUUCAGUACAACAGAACUUAGAAAUUACGAAGCUGAGAUAGGAAGAAGCUCGGUCUCCCAUUCAAGUCGAUCAGCAUGUGACCCACAUCUGAGAUUUCUCUUCUUUGUUCAUCAUCUCCUAGUCUGAUAAGAAGAGUAGGAUGCGUGCACGCUAAUAACUAAUCACAUGAUAGUAUCAACAACAACCACUGUUGCCAAAAGUAUGUUAAUUAACGAACUUGUCACGGUUGACUACCUGCGCAGCUUUGUGGGGGUCAGGUGAUAAGAGCCACAGCAUCAGCAUCUUAAAAUACUCAAAUAUUACAGAAGAUACUGUGGGAAAUGGUUCACAUUACAGUUGGAUAAUGCAUGCAAAGAUGUCAGGGAAAAGCAAAGUACAUGUUGGUGGUACAUAAUGUCAAAAUAUUAUGAACAGUAAACAAUGCAGAAAGGAGUAAAACAAUGAUGCAAAAUGGCUCAUUCUGAAAACCAAAGGCACAUUGUUCAGGUCUAUGUGGGUGCAUUGUCUCCACAAUAUGAAGCCCUAUCAGUGGAAGCUUCGAAACAAACAAGCUCAGAGGAAAUCGUAACCUGCAUCACUGAAAAACUAAACCUCAAUGAUGGAUCUGGAGGGCCAUAUGAAUUGGCUGAGGUGGUUGGAGAUACCGUCAGCGGCGAAUGCAAGGAAAGGCGGCUCGGACCUAAUGAAUCUCCUGUUGCGGUUAUGCUUCUAUGGCCAAAGAAUAAAUCCACUGGCCAAUACAACAGAUUCUAUCUCCGCGAAAAAAUACAAGACGAGCCAUGGAUGGAGAAUUUUUCGGUGGAUCCGCAGCUGAUAAAGGACUACUUCCAGAGGUUCCUGUACCAGCCGAAGGACAGAGAGUACCCCGACCUGUGCCAGCUGCCUGAGCUCAACGAGCAGACCCUGCUCGAUAAUUUGAGAGCCAGAUUCGCGGCCGGGUACAUCUACACAUAUGUCGGCUCGAUAUUAAUAGCACUCAACCCGUUCAAGUUUUAUCCAAUAUACAAUCCGAAAUAUGUGAAAUUGUAUCAAAACAAACGGAUCGGGUCGAGUCUGCCGCCCCACAUAUUUGCCGUAGCCGACGCAGCGUAUCACUGUAUGCUCCGCGAAAGGACUAAUCAAUGUAUAGUGAUCAGUGGUGAAAGUGGUUCGGGUAAAACAGAAAGCACCAACUUCCUUCUGCAUCAUCUAACUGCGCUGAGUCAGAAGGGUUCGCACGGCAGUGGUGUCGAGCAGACAAUUUUAAGUGCAGGACCUGUGCUAGAAGCCUUCGGUAACGCGAAGACCGCCCAUAACAACAACUCGAGUCGAUUCGGUAAAUUUAUUCAGGUGAAUUACAAGGAAAAUGGCAUGGUUCACGGUGCUGUGGUGCAGAAAUACUUACUGGAAAAGUCGAGAAUAUGCAGCCAGGGUCGCAACGAGAGGAAUUAUCACGUAUUUUAUUACUUAUUGGCGGGUGCUUCGGAACAGGAGAGAGAACAGUUACAUUUACUCAGUGUGGACAAGUACAACUAUUUAUCAAAGACCGGUUGUAGUGAUGUGCCUGGUACGGAUGAACAGUAUGAGUUCUCACGUCUGAAACAAUCCAUGGAGAUGGUGGGCUUCACCAUGGACAAACAGCGGAGGUUAUUUGCUGUUCUCUCAGCAGUUCUGUUAUUAGGUAAUGUAGAGUUUCAACCCCAACGAAAAUCAUAUCAUCACGAUGAAGCUGUAGGUGUGAAAAACCCAGAAGUUGUAUCCCUCAUAUCAUCAUUACUGCGAGUCAAACAGGAAACCUUAUUAGCAGCCCUCACAUCAAAACGUGCCAGAGCUUCCGGAGAGACCCUUGUUAUCAACUACAGGUUACCGGAAGCGAUAGCAACGCGCGAUGCUAUGGCAAAAUGUCUGUACGGAGCUCUGUUUGAUUGGAUCGUUAUGCAAGUUAACCACGCGUUGCUGUCUAAGAAGGACACGCUCAGAGAACAUCAAGGGAACAGUAUAGGCGUCCUCGACAUAUUCGGGUUCGAAGAUUUCGGUCCCAGCAACAGCUUCGAGCAACUGUGUAUCAACUACGCGAACGAGCACCUCCAAUACUAUUUCAACCAGCACGUGUUCAAGUACGAGCAGGAGGAGUACCGGAGGGAGGGCAUCCGGUGGACAGACAUCGGGUUCUCUGACAACACAGGAUGCUUGCAGCUCAUCGAGGGGAAACUCAACGGGUUGCUGUCUAUUUUGGAUGAUCAGUGCAACUUCCCGUGGGCGACGAACGAGACGCUUCUGCAAAAGUUCAACUCUGUGCACGAAAACAAUCCGUUCUACGAGAAACCGCAACGUCGGGAGCCGGCCUUCGUCGUGAGACAUUACGCCGGCAGGGUCAAAUAUCAGGUCACAGCGAUGCGGGAGAAAAAUCUAGAUCUAAUGCGGCAAGACAUCGUAAGCGUACUCAAAAAUUCAUCGCUGGCGUUUGUGAGGGAAUUAGUCGGAGUGGAUCCCGUAGCUGUGUUCCGAUGGGCCAUUGUACGAGCAUUUUUCAGGGGCUAUUUUGCUUUCUUAGAAGCAGGUAGGAGGCAUCGAGUCCAAAGAGUGGACGGUGCUCCGAGAAUGCCACGAGCUUCGAUACACGCCCACAACGAUAGUAUAAUCAACCAACUGGUGACAGUAUCAUCAAUCAAUCUCGCAAUCAACCGCAUUGCGAAGAACAAAUCGUUCAGACCACGUGAACGCGCGAAGAAAGGUCUUAAGAAUCUGCAGAGCGUGAAAACGUUGGCGGGCAGGAUCGCCGUGCCCGCCGGGAAGCGGAAGCAGCCGAUGACCGUCGCCGCACAGUUCCAGCACUCGCUCGCUGCGCUCAUGGAGACCUUGAACCAAGCGAAUCCAUUCUUCAUUAGAUGCAUAAAAUCGAACAGCGAGAAAGUACCUCACGUUUUUGACGACGAAACUGUCCAACGUCAGUUACGUUACACCGGAAUGCUCGAGACGGUCCGCAUACGGCAGGCCGGGUACAACGUGCGGCUCACCUACGAAGAAUUCAUACAGCUCUACCGGAUACUGUUGCCUAAAGGGUUGCUGAGCUCGCAGACUGACGUCAGACAUUUCUUGGCAACCCUCAACUUGGAUAGGGAUAAUUAUCAGUUAGGUAUGACGAAAAUAUUCAUGCGUGAAAGCGAACAGACGAAGCUAGAAUAUCGGCUGCACCAGCAGAUCAUGGCCUCCAUCAUCACAAUACAGCGCUGGUUCCGCGCAGUGCUCGAGAGGAGACGGUUCGUUGUGCUGCGACGCGCUUCGCAUGUCAUACAGUAUUAUUGCAGACAAUGGUUAACUGCACGACACGAAGCGGCGGUCAAACUUCAAUCCUGGUACAGAGGCUCUCGCGUCAGAAGAUGGUAUCAAACGUUAAGCAAAGGAAUCGUGGGCUUCCAAGCAAUAGCUCGAGGAUACUUGCUCAGAAAAUCGUUGCCCGAAAUCAGGAAGAAACUGCCACCACCCAUAGACCGAUAUGAGCAUGACGGCAAAGCACCGCACGCAUUGACGAAAGCCGAAUUGUAUAAACUUCAAGAAACUUGUUCUGAAACGUACAAGACUUGUAUCGAUAAACAGCUGGACCGGAUAUUACAAUUGGACGCGGAAAAAACGAGACAAUUAAGAGCUACACAGUCCUUGCCAUUACAAAGUUUAGAGAAGAAACGCGAAAAUAUAUCAAUUGAAGAGAAAACAUCACCGCCUCUAAACCACAAAGAUAGAAAAACGAUAACUGCAGAGAAAAAUACCAAAAUAAACAACAAAAUAGAUUCAAGUAUCAUAGAAAAUAGAAUGUUAUCUGAGGAUAAGAGAAGAUACCCACAGGGUGGAGUCACAUUGCCAAAUAAGAUCACCCCAGAAGAUCUCGCUAAUGAAAUGCUAUGGCUCAGGAUGGACCAGAAUUACAUAAUGGCUGAAAAUAAGAAACGUGAAAGAGAACUGCAAGACCUAGUUGAUAAAAUGACAAGCAGCAGUGAAGAUUAUCUUCGACAAAUAGGUAACUGGAACUCAAAUGAGUCGGACAGUAACAGGAGUGCGUCAAGACGUAGUUCUCCGCAAGUGUACCAGCGCAGUCUGUCCAGUACCGUGCUGGAACCGGCGCGAGGACUCGUCAGCCUGCCGCCUGUCCGCCGAGCACACCACGAGGCGUCCUCGUCCACCACGUCCUUGCCUGAGAAUGAUACUUCCGCGUCGGCACCGUGCUCGGUGGGUCAGAGGUCGGCGGAGUGCGUCGUGACGUCACCCCCCGCACCCCCCGCGCGCCGCUCCCCUCGCCGCCCUCCGCCUGACAUAAUUGUCGACGCUUCACUCUCGCUACACGAUGACGUCGAUCGAACAUCAUCGAUACAACUGAGGCCGAGCGUGGCGGAGAGCGCGUCCCUCCGGCGCCGCAACUCGGACCCGGCGCCGGGCGACGCGCGCCCCGCUGACCCGCUCUCCGCAGACUUCAUCGGGCAGACCGGGAACGGACUCUUCCGCAUCGCCGGACACCGGUUUCGCAAAGGCACGCGUUUCGCGAAAGGCGACAAAUGCGUGUACUGCCACCAAGCGAUCGACGCGUUCGUCACGCAGGGCCAGAAAUGUAUCGACUGCAAGGAGCUCUACCACACAAAGUGCAUUCAGAACAAGGGCGUCAUCACGAUGCCCUGCACGAGCCCCGUCGCCGUCGCCUCCAGAGCGCGACCGAAGAACAGAAAGCGCAUCAUGCCCACCACCAACCACAACCCGCCGGCCGACCAAAAGAAUUCGGUCACUUCGAACUUCAAUCUCACCGGCACUUCGGAAUUUAUCGACAGAACCGACAAAAUCAUAUCCGACGCUACCGAAUUACAGGCCAUGCAGAAUUUCAUUAUGGAAAAAAUAUACGACAUGAAUAAUGAGAACAAAAAACAGUCUGAGGUAGACAGGGUAUUCAAGCACGCUUUGCUAGAAUUCAAAGACAAUCUGGUAGCGACGUACAGCAUCGUCGAGACUCGAGGCUCAGCUCUUAAGUACAAAGAUUUGAUCGGGAACUUCCUCCACGUGAUGGAGACGGUCUGCGCCAGGGAAGGGUCCACGCUGUCCAUCACUAUGGGGGUCAAUGCGUUCAGAGGAUUCAUGGAUGAGUUUAUGGGUCAGCAUGAAACUGACAAAGCUAGAACUAAAAGGAAAAAAGAAAAAAAGCGGAAAGUAGACGACCCGAUACAGUACAAGGGCCACAGCUUCGUCCUCUCGAUGAUCAAUAUACCGACUGAGUGCGAGAUAUGUAAGACGUUCUUCAUGUGGCCGAUCGAACGAUCCCUCAUCUGCCAAACGUGCCGGCUGGCCUCACAUAAGAAAUGCUACACGAAGGUAACGACUUUAUGUAGAAGAAACGGCGUAAUGCCAUCCCCUUCAAUCGUCGGCGCUGUUGAUGCCGGAGGACGGGAACAAAUGGGCAUUGUGACAAGGGGUAAAGUAUUCGGGGUACCACUGAGUGAGCUGCCCACCGGAGACACCAAUAUACCAGUAGUAGUGGAUCGACUGAUCACUUCUAUUGACUUAAAAGGACUCUACACUGAAGGACUUUACAGAAAAAGCGGACUCAGUUCGAAGGUGCGCGAGCUGCGGCGCCUGCUGGACGAGCGGCCGGAGGAGGGCGUGGAGAAGCUGGACUCGUACGCCGUGCACGUGCGCGCCUCCGUGCUCAAGAGCUUCUUCCGCGAGCUGCCGGAGCCGCUGCUCACCUUCGAUCUCUACGACGACUUCAUCCUGGCUGCUCAGAUAUCCGAUCCCCAGGAGCGAGUUUCGUCAAUAUUUACAAUACUAAAGAAACUGCCGAAACCGAAUUUCGACUUGGUGGAAAGGUUAAUAUUUCACCUUGCAAGAGUAGCGCUGCAAGAAGAACACAACAGAAUGGGACCGAACGCCUUGGCGAUAGUGUUCGCGCCGUGCAUCCUGCGCACGCACAAGGUGCAGCCCGCGCAGGACUCGCUGCACGACAUCGCGCGCCAGACCGCCUGCCUCGAGGCCAUCCUCGUCGACAAGAUGCGAACCAUCCGCGGCGUGCUGCAGGACCUCGCGACGCUGGAGACGGCGGCGCACACGGCGUCCAACCGGCUCUCCACGCUGCGCUCCACGAGCGCGCCGCAGCGGCACGAGGAGCACAUCCUCGUCGGGCACAUCAACGCCAUCGAGAAGGAGAAGGCCAUACUUACCAACGAUCUGCCAACUCUUAUCAGAGCCACAUCAGACGACGACCUGUUGUCGACGACGGACCACGACGGCGAGCUCGGCAGCACGGACGACCUCAGCGCCACCUCGUCGCUGCGCUCGCAACGCCUCCUGCACCGGCAACUCUCCUCCGACGACCCCAUCAUGGUUUGAAAUCCGCCUCUUCAACCGAUCGGUAAUAUUUCAUUCAAUUCAGCCCUUCGAAGCUUCUAUUGAACGUCAAAUAUUGUUGAGAGUAAUGCUGACAUUAGAGUGGUUGUGAAACACCAUGGUAGUAGACGUUUUGGGUUUUCUAGGCUCGUAUUUGUCAACUGUAUAGAAAAUACAUCACUGUCUAGUUUUAAAGCCUGUUAAUUUGUAUGUAUAAUGUUGAAACGGAAAUCCGCACGUGUUCUUUUUAAUUGGUUUCUUAUGGUCCUGUCCAAUUACACAGUCUUGUGAACUGUUAAUGUUUUAUAUCGAAAAAAUAUCUAAAAGAAAGGAAUAUAGGUCUGUUUUAUUAUCGAUCUUUAUAAUAUGUAACACGUUAACGAAUUUUGUCUACUUAUUUGAGGUAUUACACGAAAAGAACAUAUUUUGUUUGAAUUUAGAAUUAAACGCAAUGAAAAGACAUUUAUAGAGUAAUAUUCAGGACUGUGAUUGUGUUUGUGAAAAUUAUUUUAUUGAAAGCUAGGUUAAAUUCGUCAGAGUAAAAUUGUGUUCUUAAAAAAAUUGUUGAAAUGUUUAACAAACUGUAUAAAUAAACUAAAUUGAUUUUUAUUAUAAAACGUUCAUUUAAAAAGUACAUAUUACUGAAAUUAAUCAUUUUUAUAUUCCUGACUCCAAACAAAUUAAGUAGAUUAUAGAAAAAACACAAGGCCGUGUGUAUUAUGUCAGAAUUAUUACAGCAAUAGACAGGUUGUCUUCACCGAACGUACUUAUAAUUUAGUGAGAAGUAUAUCAUUGUAAAAAAGUUGCGAAAAGUAACUUAUUAGUAAAGCUUAAACAGGUUUUUAUAUAAAUUAAUGAUAACGUCAAUGUGUAAAAUUAUUUUCAUAUGUAGAUAUUCUAGUGUCUCAAUUUCCUGUGGACAUUCUAUUUUACGAAAAAAAAAUAUUUCCUUGUAAAUAUGUACAAUUUUAUCUUAUUUUACUAGCUCUAAUAUACUUAUGCGAUUUUAUAGUCUAUAAAGAAUUUGUGAACGAAUUCUAAAUUUAACAAUUAUCUUUAUAAAACUAAAGAUAAAUGCAUUUCAUGUACUGAUUCUUGUUUCAAUGUAGUUAGUGUAAAACUAUAGAGAAAUUUAAAUGCUUUCGUUUUUUCCUUUUGUCAAAAGUUUCUAAUUACCUACACACAUUGAUAAAUAAAUCAUACAUUUAAGUAACUCCUACUACCAUAAGUACAUACAUAUACGUAAACAGCUUUUCUUAUAAAUUAACGCUUUAAUUAACAUUAAUUGUUAAACAAACAUACUUUAAUUCCAUGACACGCUACAAUGUAGAACCCUCAAACUAUGCUAUUAUCACAAAAAAUAUAUGUUUAGAAAAUAAAAAAUUGAAACAUUACAGUACUUGCCUCUUGUAUUGCUUCAUAAUAUAAAAGACUGUCUAAUUAAGCUAUGAAUUUAUAGUUAAGUCACAAAUAAAGAUAAUAAAUAUCUGUUUUUAAUUAGUUUGUAACUAUCUUACAACGAAUUUUUCUGUGAAAAUUUAUUGUUUAUAAGUUCUUGAUCAGGUAUUUUGUAAUUAUUUAAACUGUAGUUUAUGACUACUGUUCUUACGAUACUAAAAGCUUCGAGUAGGCACGAUAAAUUUUAAUGCACCAAGCUUACUGAAUCUCAACAUUUUGAAACAAACUAUAUUCUCAAAGUGAACACAAAACUUUACCGAACCAAGCAAUAUUACCAUUAUUAACAAGUAUUCAUAUUAAAAUUCUCGUAGACCGUUUUCAACACCCGCCUAAGGAAUCGAGAGGAUUCAUUACACUGGUAGAAUUCUUGGGAGUUUAUCAAUAGUCAAAUGCUGGUCUAUAAAUUGGUGCUUAUUAUUUUAUUAAAACAUUGUCUAGGUAUUCAUAACUAAAACUUAAAGAAAUCUAAAACAGUAAGUACCGUAGAUGAGCUUUGGCAAUGCUGUAUGAACAAAACAAGUAAAUAUCUUUGAUUGCACACAUGAAAUAUAAUAAUUUGCAUUCUGCACCCAAAAGCAAACAGAUAAUAUCCAAAAUAUUUGAUUUUUGCCUAAGUAGUGGAAAAUGUAAUGUUUUUAUUAUGUGAUUAAUUAGACAGAUAAAUAUCUAUUGAUGUUAACUACUUAACUGAAUAUUCUAAAAUCAUUUUAUAGAGGUUCAGACCAACUAUUUCCGGCCAUUUUGAACCUUAAAUAAUUUCAAAGGCUCCAAAUUAAUUUGAAAAAGAUCUUAUUACAUAUAUAUUUUAAUUCAUAUUUUUUUUAAUUGUAAAAUAGACACUGAUAAUACUUUUAAAUUUGUAAAGUACUAUCAGUAUUUUUAGACUACUAUGCGUUUGGAAAUAGAUGCCACCCUUAUGCAUUCUAGUUUUCUCUGUAGUAAUAAAAAUAUACUCAUUAAUAGUGUACAAAAUCAAUGAAGAGGACGUGUAUCGAGGCUUUUGUAUUAAUUUAUAAGUUUUAUGGAAACUAAGAGGUGUGUGUGAAGAAGAUGCGAUCUGUGUGGAUGUUGUACUUGUAAAUAAUUAAUUAUAUUUUAUUGGGGUACUAUUUUAUCUUUGAACUACUACUACUACUAUGUUGCUGAUGUUGAUUUUUAAGUGCCUAAUAAUGUUAUUCUAUUUCAUUUACUAAUUCUAACUGGUGCAUAUUGUGAUUGGUUUGUUAAAUUUUAUAAGUGUUAAUCUGUCUUCUAAAUUAAGCCAUCGGAAUUUCUACCAUUUCCUAUUAGUGAUAUCUAAAAAUAGAACUGAUAAAUAUGGAAUUUUGAGAUAUUAUUAAGAUAUUUUCAGUACUACUGCUGUAAUUGCAAGAACUGCAAGUUUUACACUAGUUUCUAAGGACCAAAACUAAACACAUAGUAAUUUGUAUUUCUGUGUUAGUUGAUUGUGAAGUCGCCACACAUUUGUAAUCAUUAGAUUGUCUUGUAUCAUAUAACAUGUAUAUUUCAAGUUAUUUUAGGAAUCAUAUUGUAAUGUGUCAAUGCGAUGAAGUGUAACCAAAAUUCUGUAUACAAAAAUAUGAAUAAAAAGCAAUUUCUGUGA